AGUCUCCACUGAGACGCCGCACGGCGCAGUUGAACGCGCGAAAUUUCGUGCUCGAUCGUUGCGAAUUAGCUUCCUGUGUGAAAUUACGUUGUUAUCGUUUGUGUGUUGAUCACAAGUUUCUCGUGUCAUCGGUGAACCGACCGAGGACAUUGCAAAAUGAUGCACACAAUGAGCGAACACACCGGAGGAACCGGAGGGUUCGGUGUCAGCGUUCUACCCUUUGACGGAAUGGGUUUGUUCGAGCAACAGCGUCCAAGGUUUCUCUUCAAGAUGCCUCGAGUGGUUCCUGAUCAAAAGGCAAAGUUCGAGACAGAGGAACUGUUCAGGAGAUUGAGCAGAGAAAGUGAAGUCAGAUAUACUGGUUACCGAGACAGACCAGUCGAGGAACGUCAGGUACGCUUUCAAAAUGGUUGUCGAGAUGGUUACACGGAGAUCGCGUUCGCAGCAACCGGUACAAACCUUCAACUCGUUUUCGGCAACGCAUCCGGGAACUACGCCGGUGACAUCAACGACUGCGAUUUUGAGAAAGAGCGCGGCAAGGUGCACCUUAGGUCGCGCCUGAUCAUGAACGGGGUGUGCGUAUUAUGGCGAGGAUGGAUCGACCUGGAGCGACUGGACGGUGUCGGGUGUCUGGAAUACGACGAGAAACGUGCCGCCGAAGAGGAUGCUCUCCUUCGCGAUCAAUUGGAACGGUACAAGCAACGCGUUCGCGAUUUCGACGAGAAGCAAAGAGCGUACAGAAGCGGCGCCGCUCAGCCGCCUCACUUGAACCACCACCAUCAUCACCAUCAUCACCAUCACGGUCAUCACGGACACCACGUGACCGGAACCGGAACUGGAACGCCGAGCACGAUCGAGCCACAUUUGACCCAUCGACAGGAUUCCGAGAUGGAAGUGAGACAAAGAGUUUACUGAGGCAGUGAAAACUCUCGGAACUUUUUUCAGUUUCGACUGCUUCCUAAUCACCUUCGAGCCGUUCACGAGCUGGCUGGAGGAAGCCACGAGAGAAUCGCCGAGAGGAAUCUCGACGAGGUUGCUGAAAGAUUCAGGUCGUUCGGAGAGUAGUUCUUUCGGGUGCUUUUAGGACUUUCUUUUCGAACCUCUCUUGAGAAAUUGUGUGAGUUGCAGUUACAGAUAACUGCUCAUGGUUGAAUUAGGAAUCUUGGACGAUACAAGGUUUAUGACAAAUUUUGAUUUUGAUAAUUGGUAAUUAUGUUGAUUUUGCGUAAUCGAGAAGGAUUCAUUAUUUUCUCCAACCCCAAAGGCAUGCUUGGAAUUAUUCGUCAGAUUUCUCUGCCCAUUAAAACGUAUCAUCCCCGACGACGACGAGUUUUAUAAUCCUACAAAUACGUGUAAGGUAUCCUCGAGAUUAGGCUAGGUUUUAAGUUAAGCAGUUGGAAUCGUUCAACGAGGACACGCGAUAGAUCUCUUCGAGCAGCAGCGACGAGGAUCGUUUCUCUGCAAGGUGUUUGCUUUUGGACGAGAUAUUACGUUCUUUUUGUUCUUUGUAUCAACUUUCUUUCAGGUACGGAGUAAGGGUGGAAUAAGGUAAGAAUGGACUUGAAUGAAAACUCAGUCUAAUUUGUUUCAGCUUGUUUAAAAUACUUCUUUUUUAUUAUUGAAAAUGAUUCAGCUAACAAGUUGAUAACAAAUUACAUAUAAUUCAAGUCUGUUCUCAUCGAAAUUAUUGAUUUGAUCGUAUAUAUACGUCCACGAAAGAAACGCGAGUUUGUCACUAACGAGACAGGAAAUUGAAAAAGAUAAUUCAUGAAAAUAGUUACGUAUAUAUACGAUUUAUCGCAUAAAUGAAACGGGGAAUGUAUUGCGUAUGAGAGUUUUUCAGAAAGGGAAACGUGACGUGAUUUCGAGCAAUGACGUCAGUGUCCGGCGAGAGUAACGAUGAUUCACGAGAAUGCAUACGGAAUUCCGUGAAAUCGUCUACCGAGUUUUUUCGUUUCGUUUUUAGCACGGCUGACGAUCUUUCUGUUGCAUUGUACAUAUCUGUAAAGAGUUAGGUUAAUUUAAUAGCGGCCUCCGAGCUUCUUAGCGUGAAUCACAUCCGGGAAAAAGCCCAUAGUAUGUGGAAAUCACGCUCCAUCGAUCUUCGCCGCACCGAUUGUAUAAAGCUGUUUAUCGAUUAAAUAUCAUUUCCGUCGAAUAACAAAUGAAAAUGAAUUCCCUCCGUUUGAACAUCCUCGUAUUCCUUCUUUCAUCAAAAUUUCAAGCAAAGUACUCCACUUUGCGUUCAGAAUAUCCUGAUUUAUUUCUCACC